AUGUCCACGGAAGUGAUGAUGAAAGUCGUCGUCAUCACCAAAUCAUCAACGCCACCGAUUAAAGUAUUAAUAGACCCCCCGGCAGGCGAAGAUGUCAUCGCCAUGCUUUCGAAAGCUCAGGACACGUUACGCCAGGGCCAGGAGGCCGCUCAAAAAGCAAUGAGCUCCGCGACCGGCUCUAAUAAACCAGACUUGUCGAAAUGGAAUACGGAGGAGAUGCUGGAGACCACUCUUGACAAACACGGAAACCCCGUCCCUGACGCCUCAUAUACUGAUUAUGACAAGUUGUCGAAAGGAGAGCUUGGUCACGACGACGCGGAUGCUUACAUAGCGGCGAAUAAAAACUUUCAUCACCCAACCAAAGAGGACGAUGCCUUCAAUUAG